AUGGCUCAAAAAGAUCCGUUGUCCUCCUUUCAGAGGCUCAGCGGCCGCAUCUUCCUUCACAUCCCUAAUGAAUCAGGCGACUCAAAGCAACCCAGCUCUUACAAAGCAUCAGUACCGGAUUUUGUGGUGGUAUGUGCAUGGGCGUUUUCACAACCACGGCGUAAGUUCCCCAACUCCGAUCAUAUGGAUCCAUCCUCUUUUCUCUCAGGUGUUAUCCACGCCUUCGCCUUACUUAUGACAGUUUCGUUUGAGCCUUCUGGUACUGACACGGCCUUUGUUCCAGAUGUUGCCAAGUAUAUUGCCCAUUAUCAACUGCUUUACCCAAAUGCGAGGAUCCUUCUAUUGUUCAACACUGUGCACAACAUGUUGUGGGUGCCAGAUUCCGUUCAAAUGAAGGAACUUCAACCAGCAGUCCAGGCGAUCGACGAAUUUCUCGAUUCUCACGAUGCCAGAGUGACUACAGCCAUGGACGAUGCCGAAAGCAAGCACUGUGAACCUACCAUUUUCUUCCACAUCUUUUCCAAUGGUGGCGCUCAUAUGGCCGUACAACUCGGCCAGGCAUACCGCGACAACGGGAGAGUAUCAUCACCUACAUCUUCAUCCACAUCGGCCCGGCAAUUACCUAUCUCGGCAGUCGUGUUUGACUCAUGCCCGGGGCAUGCUAGGUAUGCAACGGCCGGCAAGACAACUCUGUCAUUCCUUCCGAAAGAUGCACACGUCGCUCGCACCCUCGCGAUGCCGGUCGUCUACCUGCUACUUGGUGGCUUCUACCUUUGCCAUGUGCUCGGGGUUGCCGAGCAUGUUGUGAUCAAGCUUUGGCGAGAAUUGAACAGUCCAACAGGGCCCUUCUUGUUCAAAGGGAGCGGUCUCCAUUCAAAGGGCAGUCAGGUCAUCACCGAUCCGACAGCUGGACAAACGACGUCGAACAAGCGGGUCAUACCACGAGCAUAUAUCUGUAGCCAGGCGGAUGACAUGAUACCUUCACAGGAUAUCUUCGAACAUGCUGCCAUAGCAAGACAUAGCAGCGGGUUGAGUGAUGAUGCUGCGAAGGACGUUAUCCGUGUCGAGGAGUUUGUCGAAAGUAUGCAUGUCAACCACGUUUCACUCUACAAAGAGAGGUACUGGGCCAUUAUUGGUGAGACUCUGGGGAGAAUCUAG